UGGUCCAAGUCUUAUAUCAAACACGACGAAGGUGAAGCCGUCGUCUAGCUAUUCUUUCUCUUCUAGCAGAGCAACGCCAGGAUGGAGCUUGGAAAAGGUGGUUUUCUCUUCUUCGUCUUCCUCCUUGGUUCGUCUUCGCCAUGCGCGAGAUCCGCGGAACUCGGGCGGAGCGACUUUCCGCGGGGGUUCGUCUUCGGGACUGCCUCCUCGGCUUAUCAGUAUGAAGGUGCCUCUAGCGAAGGUGAUAAAGGGCCAAGUAUAUGGGACAACUUCACCCACAUGCAUCCAGAGAAAAUAGCCGACCGGAGCAAUGGAGAUGUUGCAGUCGACUCUUAUCAUCGGUACAAGGAAGAUGUAGCGAUCAUGAAGGACAUGGGUUUGGAUGCUUACAGAUUCUCUAUAUCCUGGCCAAGGAUUUUGCCCGAUGGAAGAUUAAGCGGUGGGGUGAACCGAGAAGGCAUCAAGUACUACAACAGCCUCAUCGAUGAGCUCAUCGCCAAAGGUCUGCAGCCAUUUGUGACUUUGUUCCACUGGGACUCUCCCCAGGCCUUGGAAGACCGAUACGGAGGUUUCCUGAGCUACCAUGUGGUGGGCGACUUCCGGGACUACGCGGAGAUCUGCUUUCGGGAGUUCGGCGAUCGGGUGAAGCACUGGAUAACCUUCAACGAGCCAUGGAGCUACAGCGCCGGGGGGUACGCCAUGGGGAUUCUGGCUCCGGGCCGGUGCUCGCGGUGGGAGGAACCCGGUUGUGGCGCUGGCAACUCCGGCAGGGAGCCUUAUGUUGUGGCUCAUCAUCAACUGUUAGCUCAUGCAGCUGCUGUAGCAGUGUACAGAAGAAAGUAUCAGUCAUUUCAGAAAGGGAAAAUAGGCAUAACGCUAGUCUCCAAUUGGAUGGUUCCAUACUCUAAUUCAAAGGCCAACACGGACGCAGUGGAGAGAGCUUUGGAUUUCAUGUAUGGAUGGUUCAUGGAUGCUUUAACAAAAGGUGAUUACCCAUUCAACAUGAGAGCACUCGUCAAGGAUCGAUUACCUAAGUUUACCAGGAAGCAAUCGAGAUUGGUCAAGGGAUCCUUCGAUUUCAUCGGACUCAAUUACUACACGGCAAGAUAUGUUCAUGAUCUUCCGAGGUCUAACAGAGUUCACAAAAGCUACAGCACUGAUUCAUGCACCAAUGCGACAGUGACCCGAAAUGGAAUACCGAUCGGACCAAGGGCAGCAUCAUCUUGGCUUUACAUCUAUCCAAGAGGCAUAAGGGAUCUCCUGCUCUACACAAAGACCAAAUACGACAACCCUGUAAUCUUCAUUACGGAAAACGGAGUCAGUGAGCUUGACAAUACUACAUCGUCACUUGAAGAAGCCCUCGAGGACAAGAUGAGGAUAGAUUACCACCGGAAACAUCUGUCAUUUGUGCAGGAAGCUAUCAGAGAAGGAGUCGAUGUGAGAGGAUACUUCGCAUGGUCACUGUUGGAUAACUUCGAGUGGUUCGCUGGAUACACCGUUCGAUUUGGGAUCAACUAUGUCGACUACAAAGAUGAUCUGAAGAGAUACCCCAAGAGUUCCUCUCUCUGGUUUCGGAAGUUCCUCGGAAGUUAGACUUGGUUGUGGUGAAGAACAGUCCGCUGAAUCUUACUGCUUCUCUGCCUUUUGAAGAGAAUCGAAAGCCCAUGCAUUCAAUAAUUAUAAUCCACAACUUUUUUUUGCCGGGGGGGAGAAUUUGCAUGUAAUAGGAAUUCUCCAAACAAUAAGCUUCAUUUAUAAUCUGCUAUGAAGUAUAAGCUUCAAUUAAUUAGUGAGAGUCA